AUGUCCUUCCAACCACCUCCAAAUCAAAAUAACGAUUUAAACCAAGUCCCCUCUUGGGAUGAAUUUAAUAUGAUGGCACAUGAAGACGAGGAGGCUAAUUUAAAUAAUGAGGGAGGAGGAGGGUUGUUGUUAGAUGGACCUGUAGACGAAGAGAAUGAUGUUGGGGAUGAUGAAGUUGUUGAGCCUGGACAGCCUGAAGAAUAUGGGCCGUCUCUUCCUCCAGGGUUUGGAGCAGACGAUUUAAACGACGGACAACAACCUCAUUUUGCUGAACACGAAAUUAUCAACAACGAUUUUUCCGCUUCGUUUGGUGCUCACGAUUUGGAUUUGGACGACCCUGAAGACCCGCUUCAAUGCAGCACAAGUUCUUCAAGUAAUCAACCAAGAAAUGUGAAUUCGAGAAUGAUUGGACCGUCAAUUCCGUCUUCGUCUUCUAUGCUUCCUAGAAUUCCGAUGAAUAAUAGAGGUGAUGAACAUUUUCUUCCAUCAAUUGGUACCAACCACAAUUCUUCUGUUGAUUUUAUUCCUUUGUGUGAUCAACCAAGUAGCAGUAAUGCUUUAAACAAUAAUAAUGUAGUUAUUGGACCAACACUUCCACCAGAUUUGAAUUUGCCGAGUAAUGGAGGGGGACAACAUGGAGGUGGUGGAGGAGGAUUUCCAAAUAUUAAUGAUUUUGAAGAUAUUGGAGGUCCAUCAUUACCCCCAGACGAACCACAAAUUUGUAAUAAUUCCCAACAACAACAAUCAAAUUCUCGUACUUUUCGUAAAAAAUUGAAUAGUUUUGGGCCAACAUUGCCUUCAAGUAGUGAUGAAGAAGAAGAGGACGAACAGGAAAUUAAUGAGGGGAAUUUGGCACAAAUUGAAUUAAAUAAUGAAGAAGGGGGAGGAAGGGAUUUUGAAAUUGAAGGGGAAAGAGAGGCUGAAAAUAGAGGGGAGGAAGACUCUUUUGUUAUUGGCCCUAUACCUCCAGUUCCUGGACGCUCUGAAGAGGAAGAACAAUUUGAAUAUUUGGCACGUUUGGCUGAAUUUGAGGCUAAUAAAAAGGCUUCAAAUGGUUUAAAACGUGAAGAAUGGAUGACAGAAUUACCUCAAAAAAUGCUCAAAACAGGUGCUUAUGGGCUUUCCUCAAAAACCUCAUUUUCGCGUUCUUCUGCUGGUCCUUCCAAUAAUGAUAAUUCUGGUUGGACAAGUAUUCCAAAUGGUGGUGGAAAUUUAAAGAAUACCAAAAACAAUAAUGUUGAUAAUUUUGAUUAUGAUGGCCCUUCAACUUCCUCCUCCUCAGCUACAUCUUCCAAUAUUCCCAAACCACCAAAUAAACGAAGUGAACAGGAUGAAUGGAAUGAGAAACGUGCUGCUGAAUUAAAUGUAAAGAACGAAACGAAUCACUUUUGGAUAUCCACCAGAAAAAACGAAAAUUGGAAUCGUCGAAUAAUAAUAAAAAUGGAGUUGUUGUACACAAAUAAUGCUGAAAGGAGGCCAUUUAAUAGAGAUACUGAUAUUGAGAUUCGAGGACUUGGAAGUAAUAAGAAAACAUCUUCUACAGACCCAGCAUCAUUAAAGGAACGUGUAGGUGAUUUGUCCAAUCGUUUUGGAAAUAAUUCUGAUAAGAAAUUUUUGUAGGAAGGAAGGUUUAUUUUUAAAAUUAAUUUUUUUUCUCUUUGACUUUUUCCCCUUUAAAAAAGCAACUCUCUUUUUUUUGGUGAUCGGAAAAAAUUUUGUCCCUUGAGACCUUAAUUUCAGUUGUUUGCUUCUUGACCAGAUUUUUGCUCGAAAAAAAAUUCUGAUUAUGAUUUUUGACCCUAAAAUCAAGGGUAUCUAGUUCUGACCCGCUCUAUUUAUUUUCCCCAAUUUUAACUAAAAAAAAGAGUUGUUUUCUUUGAUUUUAGUAAAAUUAGAAUAUUUUAAUUAUUAAAAUUACUUCCCCUUAUAUUUAUCCAUCCAUAUCCAUUUUUGCCCUUUUCUGAAUUUUUAGUAAAAUAAAAGCGCCCAUUUUUUUCUGCCAGUCUAUAAAAAAAAUUUUUUUUGCCUGGUUUGUAAGUGAA